AUGGCCAAAACGUUUUGUGGAUUGGUAAAGACGACCAACGACGACAUCGCGCUGAACGUGAACUGCUGUGAUGCCUGUACUGAAGUUUGUCGGACGCGGGUUGUGGUCAGGAUUUGCGUAAGCUGGCCGAGUUUUGUUUAUUGCGCCUGGUGGAGAACACCAGGUUGGAGCAGACGCCACAACCGAAAUUGCAAACAAAUGGGCGGCGGUUAUUCAACAAUAUCAUCGACGAAAUUUCAGAAAGAAGAUGCGUCAGUUUCUAGUUUUCGCGUGAAGACUGAGCAGUACAAUUCUUGUUGCUUACGUGGC